CGCGACGACUUUGACGAUAUGAUGUUUGAUCCGGCACGUGCUCAGAACCAUGCUCCCAUAGACCUUGCGGACACGGCCGAUGCGCCGCAGAUCGACCCAUACAAGUACACCCCCGUCGAAGGCGUCGCAGCCACGUCCACUGGACAUCAUGACCAGGGACAGUACGGCAACUACAACGCGUACGACAACUACGGCAACCAGCAGCAGAUGGUACAGACUGGUUACGGCCCCGCGACUGUGUCCGGCACCUCGGAGUCUGGCUACGUCAACGCUGCAGGUGUCGGCGCGGGCGCCGGCAUAGCUUCUGGCGUGUCUCGCGCCACCUCUUCCUCUGCCACCUCUGCUGGAUAUGCCGGCAGAGGCUCGGGUUACCCAUCCCCUGGUGGCGCACCGGCGGGCUACGGCAUGGCCGGUCCAGUGUCUGGUCCCAGCAGCGGUCCCUCGGACCAAUCGCACAUGUCGGGCAAGCAGCUCGAGGCAUACCAGGACCGCCAGCGUCUGGCGGUUCAGAACCCUUCGGGCCCUGGCGGCGUCACCGUUCACCAGGACGGCGGCGCUUUCACCGAGGCGCAGGCGUCUGGUGCAGAAAUUCCGCCUACGUAUGACUCGAUCCGCAGAUAAUCACCACCACCUCGAUCAUACCCCCCGGCCCUUCUCCGCCUACAACAUUUUUGGCUCAUCGCUGCAUCUGUCCUACGUCCGCGACCUUACCAACUUACUACUGCUUAUAAUAGACCCUUGUGUACUGCGCGUUCUGUGAUUUGUAUGCCCACCCAUGUCACUCAUUCAGACUGGAGCAAGUGGUGCAAGCUUUGUGGAAUGAUGGCGUCCGCAGAGAUCAGGCACGCGUCGCCACAGGGUGUGCGGCCCGAGGUUCAGGGCUUGUCCGCUGUCAGCCGAGGCAUGUGCGCUUAUCAUCACGUUAUGCCUAUGAAUGAGCUGGAGAGCUGAUAUAGCUAAGAUCUUUGACCGUGCAGAU